GGGUUUGGCUGACAACAUGGAAAUGAAAAAUGGCAAUGAACCGAAACCCAAUCCUGGGCAUGGUAACCAAGGGUAUCCAGGUACAGAUUAUCCAGGUUAUCCACCACCACAAAAUCCCCAUGGGUACCAGCCUGCCGGAUACCCACCUGCGGGGUACCAACCUGCCGGAUACCCACCUGGCGGAUAUCCUCCACCUGGUGCACAGGUUCCACCAGGCUAUCCUCCUGGGCCUUAUCAAGGACAUCCUGGCCAAGCUAAUUUCAGUGCUUAUGGAGGUCCAAAUGCUAUGCCAAAUCAGCCUGGUGUUCCUGUAGCUGCCUGGAUGCCAGCGCCUGCUCCCAUUCCUAAUUGCCCACCAGGACUGGAAUAUCUGAGCCAGAUUGACCAGAUACUGGUUCACCAGCAAGUGGAACUGCUAGAAGUGCUGACUGGAUUUGAAUCAAACAACAAAUAUGAGAUAAAAAACAGCCUGGGCCAAAGAGUCUACUUUGCUGCAGAAGAAAAUGAUUGCUGCACACGAAACUGCUGUGGGCCAGGCCGACCCUUUAUCAUGACAAUUAUUGAUAACGCUGGUCGUGAGGUUAUGAGAUUAGACAGGCCGUGCAGAUGUUCAGCUUGUUGUUGCCCCUGUUGCCUACAAAAACUUGAAGUACAGGCUCCUCCCGGGACAGUGAUUGGUUAUGUUAAACAGAACUGGCAUCCUUGUCUGCCUAAAUUUACCAUUCAAGACGAGCAUGAACAUGACGUCCUUAAAAUCAAGGGUCCUUGCGUUGCUUGUAGCUGUUGUGCCGAUGUUAAAUUUGAGGUAAUGUCAAAGGACGAGAGCUCAGUGGUUGGCAGAAUCACCAAACAGUGGACUGGUUUUGUAAGAGAAGCUUUCACUGACGCUGACAAUUUUGGAAUCCAGUUCCCAAUGGACCUUGAUGUUAGGGUUAAAGCCGUCCUGCUUGGUGCCUGUUUCCUCGUUGAUUUCAUGUUUUUUGAACAUAGUAACAAUAACUGAAAAGGAAGAUGGAGUGCAAAGAAGUAUAAUUGUACAAAUAUUUUACAUUUAUUACAAAUUUAGUGUACCAUGCAGGUUCAGACAUACAAUGUUUUUAUCUUCAUUUUAGUGGCAUUAAAAAUUCAUCCUGUACCAGAGUUUGAUGCUAGUAAUUUGCACACAGGGAUAUUUUGACCCUCCACAUUUUUAGUAGUCACAGGAAGGAACCAAAGAGAUAAGUGAUGUUUGGCUGGCCCGGGACCCAUGGGGCAGGUUCGGGUUCUUCUACCCCGCCUGCAACCUUAGACCACGGGCUUCCUGUUUUAUAAAUGGAAGGGGGAAGCCUUGUGCAGGUCCUGGUUGAGUUUUUUUAGACCUGUACAUCACUACAAAGGGACCCCAUACGCUAUUGUCCUUUGUAUGUAUUCAUGUAAGAUAUCUGUAUAAUUAAAUAUGAUUUGUGCUACAGUUUCUAUAUAAACAGAAAUCAUAUUGGAUUGGAUAUACAUAUUGGAUGCAAACGUUUGCCAUACCCAUUUGCGCAUGACAUUGCUAUGGAUUGUACCCAGGAAUGCAGGGCUCGCUCUGCUUAGGGAGCAUUAGUGAGUUGGCCCAGUACUGCAGGAAUGUGUGCACAAAUUUAGCAGCAGAGCCAGCCACAGCCUCAUGGCAUUUAUCAUAGUUUCAAAGAGGUCAGGAUACGAGCGCAUUUGGGAGCUUUUAAUAAUCAAGCUCCAUGAAUAUCCUGUAAAAAUACAUCCUUAUAAAUGGUAUUUCUGUGAUAUCACUGAGCACUGUUUAUAAGUAAUAUCACUGUCCCUUGACUCAAUGAAACUUGGAUAUUUUAAAAAAAAAAAA